AAUGAAAGGACAUGGACUUGGGUUUCUUCAACCUCAUCAGAGAAAGCAGACUGAGCCCUGAAUGCUUCAACAAAAGCUCGUUUGGGUGCAUAAACGAGGAAAGUGAGAGACAAAAGCACAAGGGAAGAGAGAGAGGGGGAUAUUCUUUUUAUUUUGAAGCUAGCUAGGGCAUAUCACAUAUGUUGAGGUAGCAAGCAAGCUAAGCUUGUAAUAUUGCAAUUUGCCAAGCUUCUUCUCAGUGCAACAAAUGAUGGCAGGAAACCCUAACUCAUGGUGGAGCAUUGAUUAUAACAUGCGUCCAUUAAUAUCGUCUCAUCACCAGCAACAGCAGCAGCAUCCCUCCGCCACUCUCUUACCUUCUCCCCACCCUGUCUGCCCUCCUCCUCAUCAAUAUUUACCAGCUGCUGCUGCAGCUGCUUCUUCUCCCCACCCCUUCACUUUGGGAGCAGACACCCAACACCCUCCUCACUCAUGGAGCCAACUACUUCUAUGUGGUUUGGGGGGCGAAGAAGAAAGGUUCAGUGAAAGUCAAUAUCAAUCCAAGAAGUUAGAAAUUUGGGAUGAAGACCAAAACUUGAAUGUAUCCCCAAGGGCGGCUCCUCUUCCUCCUACUACUACUACUGUUUUUAAUGAUCAUGUGAAGCAAGAAUUGGACUCCCACCAAAUUGGCCACCUCUAUACUCAUGCACUUGAUCAUAAAGAAUUUCAUGUGGUGGCUUCCUCUUCCUCCUCCUCGUCCUCCUCCAGACCGAGUACUGCUGCUUGGUCACCUGCAGCCAUGUCUGUGAAUCUGUCCCCCAAGUCUUGUGUCACCAGCUUAAGCACCAAUAUUUUGGACUUCUCUAAAAACAAGCCACAAGAAAAAAAUAAUCAACACCCAGAUCAUUCAUCCGAGUGUAAUAGCACGGCCACCGGGGGGAUAUGUAAGAAGGCUAGGGUUCAGACUUCUUCUGCGCAGCCACCUUUGAAGGUGAGAAAGGAGAAGCUAGGGGAUAGAAUAACAGCCCUCCACCAGCUUGUUUCCCCAUUUGGAAAGACUGACACAGCUUCUGUGUUGUUAGAAGCUAUAGGGUAUAUCAGAUUCCUUCAAGGUCAAAUUGAGGCCCUGAGUUCUCCGUACCUGGGGAAUGCCAGGCCCCAACACUCUGUGCAAGGUGAAAUGAAUUGUAUAUUUCCUGAAGACCCAGGACAGCUGUUGAACGAUCCUACCGGCCUGAAAAGAAGAGUAGGGGCUCCAAACCAGGAGAUGCAAGAUGAGGCGCCAAAAGAAUUGAGGAGUAGAGGGCUGUGCCUGGUUCCAGUGUCAUGUACUUACCAAGUUGGCAGUGAUCACAUUAAUGGAGCUGAUUAUUGGUCUCCGGCUCUUGGGGGAGGGUUUUAAUUUUGAUGAAACUUAAUUCUGAUGGCGAUGGGCGACGGGGGACGGCGAGCAGUGGUACUAGUUAGUGUUAAUUAAUUUGGUGGAUUCAUGGAACUUCAAUUGGCGUGUGGAGAACAUAAUUCAUGAAUAUAACAUCAGGAGCAGUCACUCUGCUAAGGUUUAAAGGCUGAUUGCUCUUGAUGAUAUGUGCAUGCAUGCAUGUUGCUAGCUUGAUGGAAUUAAUUAAGUCUUCCUAUCGAUAUGUAAUUGCACCGGCCAAGUUAAUUAAUUAAUUACUCCCACUUUUGUUAAUUUGUAUAAACUUAAUUAUAAUUUUACUGUUUACGAUUAGCUCAUGAUAUGUCUAUUUCUA